AUGAGUACGCAGUUCCCAGGACUCAGUCUGCCGAUAGUGCAGAUUCGCAGCUUCUUCGAUAUCCAGAAAGACAUUUCUGCUAUGGACACCAUCAACAACAAUUUGAAAAAACUCGAAUCGCUCCGACAGGACGAAUUAGAUCGACAUCAAGAUAAGCUGGACGAGCUCCAGAGAGAACUGGACAAUUUCCGCACCUCGAUAACCGACCUCAAGAACGACCAGAAGUCCAAGGACGUGAAGGAGGAAUUGUUGAAACUUGAGGAUCUAAUAUUCACCGUCGCUAAACAUCUUACAAGUCUGAAUAUGGAAUUGAACGCGCUCAAACUCAAACAUAAUCAAGACCUUGUCAAGCUUGAAGAUCUACAAAACAAGUUAUCGGAUCUCGAACAAACGAGCGUCGAGUCCGACACAAGCAAAAAUGUCUCUGAACGCAGCAAAGCAUUGAAACUCAAGCUGUACGAGAGUCUAGGACUCAAGCUUGACUUUGAGAAUAAACAGAUCUUGGUGUUGAACAAAAAGUCGCAAAAAACAAACGUUCUGAGCCUGGAUCAAGGUUACGACGAGAUGUUUGUCUCAGAAUACAUCUGGGAUAAUAUAUGA